AUUUAAAAUGUCCCUGGGCGUCCCUCUCAAAAUCAUGCACGAAGCAGUUCAUCACAUAGUUACAGUUGAACUCAAAACAGGCGAGAUGUUCACUGGGUACAUGGCAGAGGCAGAGGUAGCUUUGAGUAUCAUAGACAGGACACAAUGAAUGUGAGAUUGGAUGAGGUGUAGAUGGUCACCAGAGAUGGCAGACCCAUGUCAUUAGAAUAGGUCUAUUUGAGAGGCAGUCAGAUUAGAUUUGUUGUGAUUCCAGAUGUGUUUAAAUAUGCGCCUAUGUUUAAGAAGAUCAGAGCCAAUGCCAAGAGCAAGAACAUGCAGUAAAUAAGAGAAAAGGCCAGAUAAGUAAGAGGUAUGGAAUUCACAUCAUUUAAUAAUAAUAGAGGAGUUGGUGCCUCGUAUCAAAUAGGGUUUGGAGUAGUAGAAGAAAUGAUAAAUAAAUAUCUAUUGUAAUUUU